AUGGAUUAUCGCGCCGUCAAUAAAUCGCGAAUCCCUCAGACUGGUUUGACUGAGAUGAACUCCGCCAAAGCGAAUUCUCGAUCUGGGCUAAAGCCUCCGGGCUUCGCUACGAGUGGGAUGAAACCUUCAACAAUAUCAAGUUCGCCUCGUAACCAUCUUACUACUUAUGAUGUGUCUCUAACUGAUCUCACAGAAGCUCCGACCACAACCAAUGCCUCCCAUCACCCCUCUUCUUCGACCUCGAGAAUCCCCAAUGGCGCCGCACGACCUCACGCCCGAACAAAUUCCUUCUCUUCAUCUGUCUCCUCCAGAACGACACAAUCCAGAACUACCUCGACCUCAUCAUUCUCCCAAACCAUCGGAUCCGGCCAGCGAACAGUUGGAGCAAGACCACAAACAUCAAUGACCCAACGGAAGCAAGGCGCCUCUUCCAUCGCACGACCACAUACGUCACUAGAGACCCAUGAGGAGGAAUCACCGAAUAGUGUGCUGGGCAAACGAAAGGGUACGCAAAAUUCCCCAAGAACUUUUCAAGUUACCCCUGGAUCGUAUGACAAGUACCUCAAUUGCACAAUGAACUGGACCCCGUCACCACACUCCUCCCACACCCCUGAUGGUCUCCCUACUAGACGGAGAGACUCGUCAUUGAGUACCCUUAUGAGCGAGCUAUCCCUUUUGGAUUGCCCCAAUGAUCAAGUGUCCUUCGCGAGGAGAGUGCGCAAGAUUCCUUCACGCUCUACCGCAACAAAGACGCCCCUGCGCCAGUCAAUGCCAACUUCUCUGAUCUCACAUUCCCCGUCUCUUCGCAAACCCAAGUCACCUCAAAAAGCACCCCCUACUAUAGUACCGUUUCUAACAAAAUCUUCCCAUUUAAAAGCCUGGGAUCAUGACACCAGGGAGCAGCAAAUCGAAGACAUUGCCGACGUACUCUUUAGCAAAAUGUCGCAGGCCGGCCAGAACAGCGAUGCCAUGAAAGAUGCUGUCAACUUAUACAAAUCACGAGUUGACGAGCUCGAGAGGAAUCGCGACGAAUUGUUGACCAACAAUUGCACGCUCCGCAUUGAAUUAGAGUCUUUGAAAAACAAAGUUUCCUCCACGGAGCAAGCUUUGAAAAAUGCUGAAACAGAACAUGAAAUUGCCAUGGACGAAUACGAACAACGCAUGCGUAUCGACACUGAAGCUGCAAGGCUCGAGGGCCGCAAACAGAUGGAAACCCUCGUUUCACAGCAUCGUGACGAAAUCGAAACUUUGCGACGAUGCCAUCAAAGAGAACUUGAUGAUGAACGAAGUACAUACCAACGAGAGAUCCAUCAAGUAAAUUCCCAGAAGGCUCUCGACAUGCAAAAGGUUCAACUAGAAAUUGCGAAUAAGGACAGACAUAUUGAGGUCCUUGAGCGAGACUUGCGCGCUGCGCAAGAUGAUGUGGAAACAGAAAAGUCCAAGAACCGUGAACUUCGCAGCUACUUGGAUACGGCUAGCAGCAAUAGCGUAACACUCGAAUCAUCAAUACGCGCUUUGAAAGCAAGAAUUGAGUUCUUGGAGUCGGGAAGCCAAGAACAGUCCCAGGCAUUCGAACGCCUACAACAGCAAUUGGAAGAAGCUCUUCGCGACACAAAUGACGCAAAGGAAAAGCUGCGUAAGGAGGAAACACUUCGACGAAAGCUGCAUAAUCAGGUUCAAGAAUUGAAAGGGAAUAUUCGCGUCUUCUGCCGUGUUCGACCACCACUCGAAUCGGAACCUGAAUCCGACAUUGCUCAAAUUACGUUUCCAGAUGACGCCGAAGAUUGUCGAGAGAUUGCCGUUAUGGGCCCAGAAGAGAAAAGUAGUCUUGGUAUUGUGUCUCGGAAAAACAAUGCCUUCUCGUUUGAUCGCGUCUUCGGGCCUAAUACACAGAAUGCUGGCGUGUUUGAAGAAAUCAGCCAACUCGUCCAAAGUGCUCUUGAUGGCUACAACGUCUGCAUAUUCUGCUAUGGGCAGACGGGAAGUGGUAAGACACACACUAUGUCAUCGGAAGAUGGCAUGAUCCCGCGUGCUGUUCAUCAGAUUUAUGACACCGCGAAGAGCCUAGAAGAGAAAGGAUGGACGUACACAAUGGAGGGCAAUUUUGUUGAGGUUUACAAUGAAAACUUGAAUGAUCUUCUUGGAAAAGUCGAUGACUUUGAUAAGAAGAAACAUGAAAUCAGGCACGACAUGCAGAAAUGCAAAACUACAAUUACCGAUGUCAAUACCGUUACCCUCGAUUCUCCGGAGAUGGUGGAGUCGAUCCUCAAACGAGCUGCUUCGAACAGAUCUGUCGCAGCCACAAAAGCAAACGGAAGAUCUUCCAGGUCACAUUCUGUCUUCAUUCUCCGCCUACUAGGCCACAACACAAUCACAGGAGAAAAGUGUGAAGGUACUCUGAACCUUGUCGAUCUCGCUGGUAGUGAGCGACUAAGCCAUAGUGGCGCGACAGGAGAUCGGCUUAAGGAGACACAGAACAUCAAUCGUAGCUUGAGCUGUCUCGGAGACGUUAUUGGGGCCUUGGGCUCUGGCAAGGAAGGUGGCCAUAUCCCGUAUAGGAACAGCAAGCUUACCUAUCUGUUGCAAUUCUCCUUGGGUGGUAACUCCAAAACUCUGAUGUUCGUCAUGGUCAGCCCUCUUCAGGCGCACCUAGGAGAAACUUUGACCAGUCUCAAGUUCGCCACCAAAGUACAUAACACCCAUAUUGGGACGGCGAAGCGAGUCACAAAGGUACAAACCUAA